AUGUCCGUAACAUCGCUCAAAAUUCUUGUUUGUGGUGAUGUAAAUGGCCAUUUUGAUGCAUUACUGAAACGAGUGAAUAACGUGAAUAAGAAAAGUGGUCCAUUUGAUAUGCUCUUCUGUGUAGGAGAAUUUUUCGGUCCUGACAAAGAAUCAAAUGAACGAGUUAUGUUUGGUGAAGUGGAAAUGCCCAUUUCUACUUAUAUAUUAGGUAUUCUAAGAUUUGUUCCUGCGAAACUAAUAAAAAUCAUGAAAGCAGGACCAUGUUCCCCGUCGACAUCACAGUUUUAUCCAGAAGAUGGCAAAGAAUAUGCAGCCAAUUUAACAUACCUUGGAAAAAGAGGUAUAUUAAAUACAACAGGUGGACUUCAAGUGGCAUAUUUGAGCGGAAUCGAAGGUGCUGGGGAUCUACCUUUUCAAUUCAGUCAAAACGAUGUUGAUGACCUAUUAACCUAUGUCAAGGCGAGCACUGGAUUUCUAGGGCUCGACCUUCUGUUUACGUCAAUGUGGCCAGCUCAGAUUUCCAAGUUUUCAACGAACUGUCCCAAAAUUGAUGUUGAAGGAAGUUCCAUUUUAUCGCAGCUUGCUGCAGGCUUAAAACCUCGUUAUCAUUUCGCUGGAAUGGGGACGCAUUACGAACGGACACCAUAUAGAAAUCAUCGCCUCCUACAGGAAGCUGCUCAGCAUGUCACGCGUUUUAUCGGACUGGCUCCAGUAAAUAACCCAGAUAAAGAUAAAUGGCUCUAUGCAUUUUCUAUAACUCCAAUUCGAAAGUUGUCAAGAACCGAACUCACGCUACAACCAGCUAAUGCCACAGAGUUCCCAUAUAUGGAGAUCUUGGCACAGAUGAUUUUGAAGAAAAGAGAGACUGCUCAACAAAGUACUCCUGACAAGCAACAGUACUUUUUUGAUAUGUCGGUGGAAGUAGACGAUGAAGACGAUCGCGGUGGUAAACGACGAAGAAGAAACGAAAAUUCAGUGCAGCCAAAAAUUCAACAACCUUGCUGGUUUUGUUUAUCAAAUGUGGAUGCAGAGCAGUACUUGGUAAUAUCUGUAUCUAAUGAGUCGUAUUUAGCAAUGCCAAAAGGACCUUUAGUAGAUGACCAUACAAUGAUCUUAUCAAUUGGUCACAUACAGUCGAUCGUUGCUGCUUCGCAAGCAGUUCGAGAUGAUAUCAAAAAGUAUAAGGACACUUUGACCUUGAUUUACAAUAGAUGCAAUAAAGUUCCCGUAUUUUUCGAACGGAAUUAUAAAACACAGCAUCUCCAGCUGCAAGUUGUCCCAGUCCCUAAAUCACGUGCGAAAUCUCUACGAAUUUCAUUCCUGAAUGCUGCCCGAGUGAAGAAUAUUGAGAUGGUAUCUUUGAAGGAAGAUGAGGAGAUUUGGGACGUUGUGAAUGAGGGUAUUCCCUACUUCAUCGUUGAACUUCCAGAUGGUACUCGGCUAUACUCAUCGAAAAUGAGUGGUUUCCCAUUACAGUUUGGACGAGAAGUACUAGCAGGACCUGCACUCUUGGAUUGUGAAGAAAAAAUUGACUGGCAUCAAUGUCAAUUAGAUAAGGACGAACAAACAAAACUAGUUGACCAGCUGAAACUGGCUUUCGAACCUUAUGACUUCACAGCCGAAGAUGAGUAA